AUGGUUCAGUUCACCUUCAACAGGACGAUAGAGGAUUUCACUUCCAUUGCUUCAUCCUUUACAUACCAACUAAUCCGAAACCAACUUUCUUCUCAGUUCCUCGGGUGAAACCACACAAACUUUUACCAUUAAAAGCAACAUAAAUGUUGUAGCCAAUUGUGAAAUAUUUCAACGACGGCAAAUCUAUUUUUAAUUGGAUUUAAAGUAAUGUUUGUAACAACAGGUUUGAAGGAAAGUGUAAAUACAAUUGGAUAAGUUACAUUUUAUACAGUUUAAAAAAAUGGUGUAACUAUGUACAAGGAGCGGACAACUGUUACAAAACUGUGCUUUUCACAAAGAGUGCAACAAAAGUGAGCUAAUUGAUUUUGACGAACUAAACAAUUUAAAAGGUAACUGAUCAGUUAGCAUCAAAUUUGCGGAGACAGCGUAAAGUAACGCAAUCGAGGAAGAAAGCUUGAAGAGAGAAAGUAAGAAUAGCGUCAGUCGAUCAACUUCAUCACAUUCACCACGGUUUCAUUUCACGACGACGGGAUCCAGUGUCACUCGGUCGAUGUUAUUGAGAAAAAACCGAAGAAACAAAAGAAGAUCAUGCUCUAUCAUGUCUCCUAUUCACAACCCUUAUAUCAGGUGAAACGAGAGAGAAGUGAUCACAGCGAAGAAUCUCAAACAAUACUUUCAACCGAUCAAAGUCCACCGUGUUCCUCGAAUUCUCCUCAAACUCUUUUAUCGGAUGGUCAGAGUCAUCAGUGGAGUCAUCGGGCAGUCAUCAUGGGAUUGAGUUCUGACUUACCCGGCAAUGGUGACGGGAAAGUGGUGGAAGGCCCGAAAUCCUCAGAUAAUCACCACGGGGAGUCACCCUUCUCCAACUCUGAUUCCGUGGGUUCUUUCUCCGACAAACCAGCCGACUUCACCUCUGCCUACUCUCAACUCUAUCAAAGCGGGAUGGGAUACAACGGUGGGUCAUACAAUCAAAGUUCUUCGUUCUACAACGGAGGACAAGGCUAUGCUGCUGCUGCUGUUCUUUCCCAGCAGCCAUAUCCCGGAGGUCGAGCCCAAUCUUGCAAAGCGACGAAUGGAUCGUACUUGUACGGAGGAGCUCCGUUCGGGAGCGGAAUGUCGGGAGGGCUGGGCUACCCGGGUGGGACCGGAGCCAGCUACGGAAGUUACCCGCAGUACCACCAGGAUUACCAGUACUCCACCCCCUUCCAACCUUCCGCCGCGGCCUCCACUGCGUCCGCCUCCUAUUACGGACAUCACCACCAUCCCUCUGCCUCCUCCUCUUCCUACUACUACAACCCCUCGCCCUCCGCCCCCACGACUCCCACCACGACUCCCACCGCGUAUGGUUCCGGCUCCAAUCCUCCCGUCAUCCCAGAAAACUUGGGCUUUUUACCCGGAGAACCAAGUCCCCCCUCCCCACAAAUUAAGGAAGGGAAAAGUAGACGAUCAAGAACAUCCGGGGGCAGAGGUAGACGUCCGAAUCCUUCUCCAGAUCCUGAGCACAGUUUGGAACGAGUCUUUAUUUGGGAUUUAGAUGAAACAUUAAUAAUUUUCCACUCGCUACUAACUGGGACUUAUGCCCAAAGAUUUCGUAAAGACGUUCCAAAGAGUAUCAACCUUGGGGUGGCGAUGGAAGAACUCAUUUAUAAUUUAGCUGAUAUCCAUUUCUUUUUCAAUGAUCUCGAGGAAUGCGACCAGUCGCAUGUAGACGAUUUGGCAUCAGACGACACUAACCAAGACCUAAGUACUUAUGACUUCAUAUCUGAUGGCUUCAAGACGUCGUCAACCAACGGUGGGAUUUGUCUAGCUUCAGGCGUCCGGGGUGGAGUUGAUUGGAUGCGGAAACUGGCGUUUCGGUACCGCCGAAUUAAAGAAGUCUACACAGGACACAGAACCAAUGUUUCAGGAAUGAUAAACCCCCAAGUUCGUGAGCAGUGGGUACAUUUAAGAUCAGAAAUCGAAGCAUUGACAGACAACUGGACAUCGCUGGUUAUGAAAUGUUUGUCAGUUAUAAAUUCCAGACAAAACUGUGUCAACGUAUUAGUAACCACUACCCAAUUGGUUCCAGCAUUGGCAAAAGUACUGCUUUACGGACUUGGUCCAAUAUUUCCUAUAGAAAACAUAUAUUCCGCAACAAAAAUUGGGAAAGAUAGUUGCUUUGAGCGGAUCGUCUCUCGUUUUGGUCGCAAGUGCACAUAUAUCGUUUUGGGAGAUGGCAAAGACGAGGAAAAGGCCGCUAAACAGAUGACGUUUCCCUUCUGGAGGAUUUCCACACACAACGAUGUAGGCUCACUUUUUAAUGCACUUGAUAUGUCCUACCUUUGAGUCUCUGUGAUUAAUUUUCCGGUGUAUUUACAUCUUUUUUAAUUAGUCAAGUCCAUAAAAGUGUAAAGCUACAGUUUAAAUAAAACAAUCUGCGGGGCAUGAAAUUAAUGUAUGUACUUAUGUACCAUAUAUAAAUAUUGGGCAUAUUAUUUAGUAACACUUGGCUACUUAUGACUACGUAAAGCAUACUGAACUGAGAAAUACUGUCAAAUACUGUCAUUACAAUAGACAUAUAUAACUACUUAUAAUUUAUUGGAGAGUUUUCCAAUUAGUUACACACUUCAGCUAUUGUUAUGCUAGCGUAUUGUUCAAACUAAGAAACUAAUAUUAAACAAUUAGCAAUCUUUCAAAUUUAAUAAAGCGUAGAGAUUUACUCAUAUCUCCAGCUCUAAAGUUCAAUUCUUACAUAAUAAGACUCAUUAAUUCGAGCAUUAGUGUGAAGGUUUUUGUGUUAUUUUAGCACUCUAAACUCAAUUUGUGUGAAGCAAUUUGCAGAUAUAAUCAAAUUUCCGUUCUUCUGUUCCAACACAAUUUAUUCUUCAUAUUUAUAUAAUUUCUUCAAACUUACAAAAAAUUUAUAACGCAACGCUCAAGUAAACAUAAACCUACAUAUAAGUACCAAUAAUUGUACGCACGUAUGUAUUUAUAUAUUAAUUUAUCUCUUAAUUGUAUGAAACUUAACUUGCGACCAGACAUUCGUUAUAGUGGAAACAAUAGCAUUGGAUAACUUACAUGUCACGAGUACCGCAACGUAUACUUAAAUGUAUGUACGUAUGUGGAGUCAGUAUAUUGAUGUGUACAUUGGAUUUGUUUUUUAUCAUAAACUCACUGAUUCAUUAAUCUGGUCUCAACCCAUAAAUAUGUAUGUCUAAUAUAAAUAGAAGUGUCCAAUAAUCGCCAAGUCUUAACAUGCAGCGUAUAAGGUUUACAUACCUAUCCUCUCAAAUAUUAAAGAAAUUGAGUAAUCCAAAUAGUUUUGCUAACCUUACAUUAUUCUAUUCCAUAAUAUUGCUCCGCUGCACUUGCAUCCUUAUGUGUACUUAACGUGAAAUGUAAAAACGUUGUUAAAAUUAAAUGUAAUAUAUAAAGCUGAACAAAGUUGGAAUAAACUGAUAGCGACAGAAUGUCAUACACUUUCACUCUUUAA